AUUUGCUGAUUAGGUACUUUCUGAAGCAAAGACAAAUGAUACUAAUAAAUACUAGUUAUCUGGCUAUAAGGGCAAACAAAUAUUGAAGGACUUGGUAUGUGUUGGACUAGCUCAAUAUAAAUCUAGGAGCUGUCAAAAAAUUGAGACCUAACAUGAAUUAAAUAAUAUUAGACUAAAUGUUCAUUUUUUUCUUUUUUAGUCUACUAUUUAGAAUGUUAGUAUAAAAAUAAAAAUUAAAAAAUCAUCUUUUGAUUGAGACUCAGUUACUUCCACCUUUCUUAUUCCUUUCUCAGAGGAAAUCUUCAUUGUAGGAUCAGCGAGAAACAACAGAAUAGAUCACAAUGAAGCUAACAGGAACUCCUGAUUUCAGGUAGCUGAAUCUCACCCAUGAGCAGAUCAUAAGACCUGCAUUUAUCUGUCUCCAUCAUGCCGGGCGCAGUUAGACGUGUUCAUAAAAACGUAACUCACCGGGUUUACAGCAGCACAAUCAAAGCAGACAAAUUCACACAGGAAUGAGCAGGAAGGGAACUUACUAAGUCAAAGGGAGACAGUUUCAGAACAGAGCACAUUUUUAAGUGCUCAGCAUUUUAGGCUCCUACGCUAUUAUGAUUUGGUUGAGUCCAUAUACCUACGUAGACUUACAUUAGAAGCCACUUGAGAUUAGCAUAUUGCUGGGAGAUGAGAUACACUGAUGAAUCAGGUACCUCGUCAUUUUGCAGAUCGAUAAGUCCUGACAAACCUAUAAGAUUUCCGCGCCUCGCUGGCUGUACCGAUAUUAGGUUUCUUCUCCAAAAUGGAUGCAAUAAAAACGCAGUUUUCUCUGAGCACACACGGAAACAGCGGCAGACAGGGGGUGGUUCCCCGGACCACCAGACAAUUUUACAACAUAAAAAGCAGUUCUUGAAUUCUAGAGCAGGAUGGUCAUCUAAGUGUGGGUCAGUGUUCAAACUUGUUCACAGACUGUAACCUUUGGGCUCCGUGACCAAUCGGUGCAUUACUCAGUGUUCCACCCACAGGCUUGGCACUGAAUAUUACACCAUCAUAAACACUGUUUGCAUAUUAUCAAGUUGGUAAAAGCCAGAGUGUAUUUGUACAGAGCUUUUACUUAUUUUUCGUAGCGCAAAGCUGCUGCUUCCACUUCCUCUUCCUUACUCUUCGCGCUUCAUCUCGCGGAGGAGGGAAAAAGUCUUACUGGAAAACUUGGCUGCCCAGAAGACAGCGAAUACCACCUGUAAAGGCUUCAUACAGGAUAACGCGGCACAGAUGGGCCUCCAGAGCACCAAACACUGCAAAGUCAAACAAGCUAAUAUACUGAUGUUAGGACUUGAUUCUGCUGGGAAAUCUACACUGUUGUACAAGUUCAAGUAUAAUGAAGAUUUUCUAACAAUUCCAACAAUUGGCUUUAAUGUUGAUAUGAUUGAAACCGGCAGAGAUUUUACGUUGACAAUUUGGGAUGUUGGAGGACAACAAAAAAUGAGACAGCUUUGGUGCAACUUCCUGGAAAACACAGAAGGAAUCCUGUAUGUCGUGGACAGCUCUGAUAAGCAACGUCUAGAAGAAUCAAAGAAAGAAUUUGAACUCAUUUUAAAGAACGAAUCUAUAAAAAAUGUACCAGUUGUCGUGCUAGCAAACAAGCAGGAUUUGCCUGGAGCUUUAAAUGCUGAGGAAAUAACCAGGAGAUUCCACGUGAAGAAGUACUGCUGUGACAGAAAUUGGUACGUACAACCCUGUUGUGCAAUCACAGGAGAAGGUUUGUCAGAAGCUCUCCAAAGACUAACUGUGUUUGCAAAAAACUACAUCAAAUCAAAGGAGUUUUCUACAAGUUUUAAGGAAAAUGAAAAACUGUAAGAAUUUCUGUCGUCAGAUUUUGACGAACAUUACUCAAAGUAUUUUGUGGGACAGACUGAAGUAUUUGUUUCUGGAGAACUGUUAUAAGUAACUAUGUAUUUAUAAAGCACUUUGACAAUUUUAAAUUAUACUGUUUUACCUGCAGAUAUUUCUGAGAUAUGACUGUGUAUUAUUUUAUUAGUGAUAGUAUACUCGGGGUUAUUCAGCUUAGAAGUGUGUAUUGAAUGAUAAAAGAGGCAGAGUUGACCAUCUGAAUUUUUGCAAUUGGAAACAAAAUAGAUGAGCAGCUCUUAAAAUAUCUACAUCAAAUAUUUUGUCAAAAAGUAAAAUAGCCAAGUGGUUUAUUCAGCAAGAAAAACAUGACAUAAAAUGUCAUUUUGUAAUAAGUGCCCUGUGGAUGUGUUUCUCAUGUAAAAAUACAGUUGGGUUAGAGUUUAAACUCUUAGUUAUGUAUAAAAGAACCUAAGAAACUGAA